CAUUUCCACGCUGAUGUGCUUCAUCCCAGCAGAGCUUUCACGUGUAUACAAUACUGAACACACAUGGCAUGCAGCAAAAUGCCCCCAGUUUUCCGCCUUGCUUUCAGGCCUUCAGGCUGGUUCAUGGUUAGGCUGCAAUCUACUGCAGCAGCUCCCAAAGUAAAAGGAUCUGCAGAUCCUGAGGGGGCGCAGACAGGGGAGAAGAAAUGGCAACUAGGGUCCCAAGUGGAUCACAUAGAAAGAAGCGAGAAUGUGAUGCUGAAAUCUUGUCCUGCUGCUACAAUGAACUUUGAUAACACUCAGGAAGCAUACAAGAGCAAAGCCACAUGGGAGCUGUUGAGAAGCAUAAUGGUCUUCUGGCUGUGCUCCAUUGAUACACUUGUGGACCGGAAUCAGCAGAUUUUAAGCUUGUCUAAAAAAGUCCUUGGCCAGAAGCUCUUUGAGAAAAUGAUGAAGAUGACGUUCUAUGGGCAGUUUGUUGCUGGUGAAGACCAAGAAUCUAUCAAACCACUGAUCAGACGCAAUCAGGCAUUUGGUGUUGGGUCAGUCUUGGAUUACAGUGUAGAAGAAGACCUUACUCAGGAGGAGGCAGAGAAGAAAGAAAUUGAAUCUUGCACAGCUGAAGCUGAAAAAGAGAAUAUUGGUUCAGAACAUCGAGAGAAGAAAUACCAGGUUCAGCCUGGCUUUGGUGACCGCCGAGGUGGAGUCAUUAGUGCUCGGACAUAUUUCUAUGCCGAUGAAGCAAAAUGUGACCAUCAUAUGGAGACUUUUCUUAAAUGCAUUGAAGCUUCAGGUGGAAGUUCAGAGGAUGGAUUUUCUGCUAUUAAGCUAACAGCAUUAGGAAGACCUCAGUUUCUGCUGCAGUUUUCUGAAGUGCUUAUGAGAUGGCGACAGUUUUUCCACCAACUAGCUGCAGACCAGGGCAAGGCUGGACUGGCUGCUGUUGAAAUUGAAUUGGAAGUGGAGAAACUGCAGGAGAGCCUAGCAAAAUUAGGAAUUGCAACAAAAGAUGAAAGUCAUAACUGGUUCAGUGGAGAAAACCUUGGGCUGUCUGGGACAGUGGACUUGCUGGACUGGAACAGUCUGAUUGACAGCAGAACCAAGAUUUCAAGACUCCUGCUUGUUCCAAAUUUACAGAGUGGUCAGCUAGAGCCCCUCCUUUCCCGAUUCACAGAGGAAGAAGAUCUACAGAUGAAAAGAAUGCUUCAGAGAAUGGAUGUCCUUGCCAAGAGAGCCUUGGAAAAAGGAGUUCGGCUUAUGGUCGAUGCAGAACAGACCUACUUUCAGCCAGCAAUCAGCCGGCUGACCCUUGAAAUGCAGCGCAAAUUCAAUAUAGAGAAUCCCAUUAUCUUCAAUACAUAUCAAUGCUAUUUAAAGGAAGCAUAUGACAAUGUAACAGCUGACGUUGAAUUGUCCCGAAGAGAAGGCUGGCAUUUUGGUGCCAAAUUGGUAAGAGGGGCCUAUAUGCAGCAGGAAAGAAAUCGUGCCGCAGAAGUGGGCUAUGAGGAUCCCAUUAAUCCCACAUAUGAGAAAACAAGUGAAAUGUACCACAGAUGUCUUGAUUAUAUCUUAGAAGAGAUCCGACACGAUCGCAAGGCAAAUGUUAUGGUGGCCUCACACAAUGAAGACACUGUGAAAUUCACGCUCAAGAGAAUGAAUGAACUGGGCAUUUAUCCUGAGGAGAACAAGGUUUAUUUUGGCCAGCUUCUGGGUAUGUGUGACCAAAUAAGCUUUCCACUAGGUCAGGCUGGUUAUCCAGUAUAUAAAUACGUUCCCUAUGGACCAGUCCAUGAAGUUCUCCCAUACCUGUCUAGGAGGGCCCAAGAGAACCGUGGGAUCAUGAAAGGAGCAAUAAAGGAGAGACGGCUCUUAUGGAGCGAGUUCAAAAGGCGCCUGCUCAGUGGCAAUCUUUUCUACAGUCCUAGAUUCUAGCAUGCAUGUAUAAAGGAACUGAUUAAGCCCCUGGGUGACAGCAUUGUUUCCAGCUCAUUCUUUGCUUUGGCUACCUCUUCAUUGCCUGCUGACUUUAAAUGAAAAAAGGUUACUGGUACAUUUUCCAUAAAAUUUAAAUAUGAAUGAAUUAUUAUUCUGUGCUGCUAGAAUUUAUCUUUUGUAGAGUAUACAGGGUUAUAUGUGUAUAUUUACUUGUGUCUUGUAUUUGUACAAUCUCUCCGACAGAUUACUGUUCAUGUGCGGUCAUACUGAUUUAAUUUUAAUUGUAGCAUAAUAGGUCAUUAAAGCUUAAAGUUAAUCCUAUAAUUAAUUUUUUAGUAUGAUGCAUCAAUAUUCUAAAGGCAAUUUGCACUUGGUUUUCUUUGUACAUGACCAGGUGAGCGGUAAGCAGAUUUAUAAUGAGGAUGCUGUUUUAUUAUUUUUCUAAUGAGCUCCCUCCUGCUUCUUUUUCAUUCGGUCAUUAUCAAAAUGUUGGUUCAAAAAACACUAAAUAAAAAGAAAUGGAACAUAGUUUUAUAAUAGAACAGUCAACAAGAUACUAAGGGAAUGAUUUAAUGAUUUUUGUGGCCAUAUUUUUUUCUGAAAAUGACUUACAGUAAACCAUGGGUGGGAAAUAUUGAGCUUUAUAGAGAUUUUUUUGCCGCGAUCAUGUUUUUUCAAAGAAAGAUCA